AUGCCUUCCCCAGCAACCGCCUAUAACAACCAACCAAAGAACAACAACAUGCAAAAGAAAAGAAAGGUUGACGAUGAAGACGAAGAAGAGCAAGUUGACGAGCUCGAGUACGAACAAUCCAACAUCAAGAAGCAACGUUUUGCCAACAUUGCCAACAACAAAAAUGAUGAUGACUCUGAAGAAGAAGAAUCCUCUGCCUCCAAGCCAUCUUCUGCCCCAGUUGAAGAAGAAGAUGAAGAAAAGAAGAAGCUUUUGGUCAACAUUGUAGCUGCCAACCCAGAAGAAUGGAGACGUCUCAACAAGGUCCGUGUCGAAGGUGCCAGCAAGCCAGACCCAUACCAAACCUUUGCCGACAUUGAAAUCCCACGUAUCUUUGCUCACGCCUUUACCGGUUUCACCAAUCCAACCGUCAUCCAAGCCCAAUCAUGGCCAAUCGUAUUGAGCGGCAAUGAUAUGGUCGGUGUCGCUGCCACUGGUUCCGGAAAGACCCUCGCUUUCAUCUUGCCAUCGUUGAUGGAGAUUAUCAAGGUCCCCAAGCGUGGUUACGGUGCCACCCCACUCGCCCUCGUCAUGGCUCCAACCCGUGAGUUGGCCAAGCAAAUCGAAGACGUCGCCCGUACCGUCACCAAGGGCACCAGCAUCCGUAUGCUCUGUGUCUAUGGUGGUGCUGGCAAGGGUCAACAAAACUCUGUCCUCCGUAGCGGUGUCGAUUUGAUCGUCGGUACCCCAGGUCGUCUCAAUGAUAUCCUCACCCCACGUCAUCUCUCUACCGUCAAGUUCCUCGUUCUCGAUGAAGCCGAUCGUAUGUUGGAUAUGGGUUUCAUGCCACAAAUCGAGCGUAUCAUCCGUCAAAUCCCAGAGCAACAUCAAACUAUGAUGUUUUCUGCCACCUGGCCCAAGGAAGUCCAAGGUCUCUCGUCCAAGUUCCUCCGUAACCCACUCAAGCUCACUGUCGGUACCGGUGAAUUGCAAGCCAACGUCAACGUCACUCAACACGUCAUUGACAAUGGUGCCUUCUCGCCAAACGAGAUGUUUGAAGAUCUCGGCAAGCGUGUCCAAGACAUGCUCAAGUCACGUGAGGAUCUCCUCAUUAUUUUCUGCAACACCAAGCGCAAGUGUGACCAAGUCUCCAACUUCCUCGACAUGAAGCUCCAAAUCACCUGCGGUGUCUUGCAUUCUGGUCGUGAACAACCACAACGUGAGCGUUCGCUCCGUCAAUUCCGUCACCAUGAAAUCAACGUCCUCGUCGCUACCGACGUUGCUGCUCGUGGUCUCGAUAUUCCAAAGGUCAAGGCUGUCAUCAAUCUCGAUUUCCCACUCGGCAUUGAAGAUUACGUCCAUCGUAUUGGUCGUACCGGUCGUGCUGGUGCCAAGGGUGAUGCCUACACUUACAUCUCGCAAACCGACGACAACUUGGGCGCUCUCGUCCAAAUCAUGUUGCGUGCCGGUCAAACCGUUCCACAAAACCUCAUGGAAAUGGCCAAGUUCUCCAAGACUGGCAGAAACCGUUGGGACUUUAGCGGUGGUGCUGGCGGAGGCCGUGGUGGUCGUGGAAGAGGUUUCGGUGGAGGCCGUGGUGGAGGUAGAGGUGGAAGCAGAUUCGGUGGAGGUGGUGGAAGCUACGGUGGAAACGACAGCGGAAACAGCGGUGGCUACAACAACAACGGAGGAGGUGACUCUUACGGUGGUGGUUACAACAACAACAACGGAGGUGGUGAAGGAGGUUUCCACCCAGGACGUAGCGGUAGUUUCAGAGGUAGAGGUGGAGGCCGUGGUGGAGGUCGUGGUGGUUUCAACAACAAUCGUAAUGGCGGUGGUGGUUUUGAUGGUGGUAACAGCUCUUGGUAA